UCAACUAACUACUUGUCUUCCAACUUCGUCCAUGGCCAUGGCUUCCUACCCACCUUCUUCUUCUUUUUCUUUUUCUUCUUCUUCCUCUUCCUCUUUUCGAUGGGAUGUAUUCUUGAGUUUUAGAGGCGAAGACACUCGCACAACUUUUACUGCUCAUCUAUACACAGCUUUGCGUCGAAACGGAAUCAACACCUUCAUGGACGACAAACUUAGAAGCGGAGACGAAAUUUCACCAACACUUCUCAAAGCCAUUGAAGAGUCUGAGAUUUCAAUCAUUGUACUCUCUAAAAACUACGCAUCAUCCCGAUGGUGCUUGGAUGAGCUAAUAAAGAUCCUCGACUGUAGAAAAACAAGGGGGCAACAGGUCCUACCGUUGUUCUACUACGUAACUCCUUCGGAAGUACGUCAUCAAACCAAUACUGUUGGGGAAGCAUUUGCUCAACUUGAAAAAUGGUACAAGGAUGAUGAGAAGAAGGUGAAGAUGUGGAAGUCAGCCCUAACACAAGUGGCCGCUUUGUCAGGGUGGCCUUUGGAGAACAGGAAUGAACCUGAAUUUAUUCACAAAAUCAUUGAAUGGGUGAAUUCUAUAUUAGUGAAAAAGACAUACUUAGAAGUUGCCCGGUAUCCGGUUGGAAUAGAGUCCCGUGUACAAUAUGUGAAGUCGCUUUUAGAUAUAGCGAAGAAUGAUAGUACGUGCAUGGUAGGGAUCUUCGGAACUGGUGGAAUUGGUAAGACAACUAUCGCCAAAGCUAUUUACAACUCGAUGGCUUCUCAGUUUGAAGGUAGUUGUUUUCUUAGAGACAUUAGAGAAACUUCAGGCCAAAUGGACGGUUUGAUCCGUUUGCAAAAGAAGCUUCUUUCUGAGAUCCUAGGAGGUUCAAGUCCAAUGAUUGGCAAUGUUGAUCAAGGAAUUACUUUGAUAGAGAAGAGGCUUCGCCUAAUAAGGGUACUUCUAGUUCUUGAUGAUGUGGAUCAGUUAGACCAAUUACAAAAGUUAGCUGGAAAAACUACUUGGUUUGGCGUAGGAAGUAGAAUCAUCAUAACAACAAGAGAUAAACAUUUACUUUGUGCACAUGAAGUUGAUUCAGCGUACCUGGUAAAUGGGUUGGAUCAUAAUGAAGCUCUUCAGCUUUUUAGUUGGCAUGCCUUCAAUAGAAAUAAACCUGAUGAUGAUUUUGUGGAUAUCACAAAAGAUGCGGUAAGUUAUGCCGGAGGAUUGCCACUAGCUUUAACACUGCUAGGCUCGACUCUAAAAGGUAGAAAAUUACCUUAUUGGGAAAGUAAAUUGGCCAUGUACAAAUUAAUUCCUCACGAUGAUAUUCAAAAAAAGCUUAGAAUAAGUUUUGAUGGGUUGGAUGAAAAUGCCAAAAAUAUUUUCCUUGACAUUGCAUGUUUCUUCAGAGGAAGAAGGGUAGAAGAAGUCACAAAAAUACUAGAUUGUACUCGUGGUUCUCACUCAUAUAGUGUUGCCAUUGAAGAGUUAAUGGAUAAGUGUCUUGUAACACAGUCUUGGUUCGAAAGAUCAUUGGAGAUGGAUAAGUGUCUCGUAACACGGUCUUGGUUCGAAAGAUCAUUGGAGAUGCAUGACUUACUGCAAGAAAUGGGUAGAGAAAUUAUUCGACAAGAAUCACCCGAUGAACCUGGCAAGCGCAGUAGAUUGUGGUAUCAUAAAGAUGUUCGGGAUGUCCUAGAAGGAAAUGCGGGAACAAACAAAGUUGAGGGCAUAUUGAUAGAUUUGCCUAAACCAGACUUGAUACACUUAAGUUCCAAAGCCUUCAAGAAUAUGACAAGGCUCAAAAUAUUUAUCAACCGUAAUGCACACUUUUUUGAAGAGCCUAAUUUUCUUUCUAAAGAGAUAAGAUUGCUUGAUUGGAAUAAUUAUUCUGGAGAAUUUUUGCCAUCCAAUCUUUGUGGAAAGAACCUUGUUGUUUUAAUAAUGCAUCAAAGUCAGCUCAAGGAACUGAAGGGAAUCCAGAAUUUCCAAAACUUGACAAUUAUGAAAUUCAUUGAUUGUGAGUUCCUAAGAAAAAUUCCUAAUGUUUCAAGGACCCCACAUUUAGAGGAGUUGGAUCUUAGUGGUUGCAAAAAUUUAGUUGAGGUUCAUCCUUCUAUUGGAUUCCAUGAUAAGCUUGUUAGUUUGAAACUUGAAGAAUGCUAUAAUCUUAGGAGUUUUCCAAGAAGCCUCAAAAUGAGAUCUCUAAAAUUUCUUAGCCUUUGGCAUUGCUCAAGCCUUGAGAACUUCCCUGAAAUUGAGUGUCAAAUGGAAUGUUUAGAGUAUAUCAACUUGGCAUUAACCGGUAUAAAGGAACUACCUUCAUCUUUUGGGUACCUCGUUGGGGUUAGAACCUUGGGUCUAACUGGUUUCACAAACCAUAUGACUCUUUCAGAUAGCAUUCAUAAGUUGAAACAUUUAGAAAUACUACACAUUGGGUGCCUGGAUGCUUUUAAGCUACCAAGUUAUCUAGAAGGCAGUUACCGUAGACUUCCUCGUCGUUCAAAAGUUGCUAAGUUUCCAAAAAUAGUGGAGGAUACGAGACAACCCAUGCCCGAAGUUGAAUCCAUAGAGGAAUCAACAAUUUCAUCGGUGGCAGAAUUACUCCAAUUGCCGCCUUUGGCGAAUACAAGCGGUUCUAAUUUAUUUAGAACCCUUAAUUGUUGCUCCACAUUGAUUGAAUUAGAUCUAUCAAUGAGUGAUAUUGUUACCAUUCCUCCAUACAUCAGACAAUGUGUUAGAUUGAAGGACCUUUUUUUGAACGAUUGCGAGCAACUUCGAGAAAUUCUAGGAAUUCCGCCAAAUUUAAUUCAAAUGCAUGCGAGUGGGUGUGUGUCAUUGGAAAUAUUUUUAGAAGAAGCUAGAAGAUCUCCAUUGUUUAACGCACCAGAGGCCCUAUUCCAGGUUGGAACAAUAUUUCCAGAGUUGAUUCUUGGAAACCGUGUUCCAACACAAUCAGAGUUCUUGAUUCAACGCGAUUGCCCUUCUAGUUUGGCGAUUCUUGAUCUAUCAAGAAGCGCUAUUGUUAGCCUUCCUACAUGGUUGAACACAUUUGUUGGAUUGGACUUUCUUCAAUUGAACAGUUGCAAUCAACUUGAAGAAAUUCCUGAACUUCCACCAAAUAUAAGACAGGUACGUGCGGGAGGAUGCAUGUCAUUGGAAAGAUUUCAAUUUAAUAAUAUAAAGGAUUUACCAAGGCUUGACCUGAUUGACCUCUCCAAUUGCCAUGGACUGCAUGAAAAUAUGUUGGAUGAUCUGCAAAUUCAUUUAUUGAGUGAGUGGCAUCUUAAGGACCAUCACAUUAGCUGUAUAUUUCCAGGAAAUAAGAUUCCAGAUUACUUCAGUCAUCGUAAAGAGCUUUCAAAUACCCAUUUGGGUGAAAUAGAUAUCAAUGAGCCUCUACAUUUGGAUUCGGGGAAUGCAAUAUUUGCUUUCUCAGCUGUCAUUGGAAGAGAGGAUGCCCAACGUGGGGGUAAUAUUGAAAUUCACGUUGAAGUCAUCAAUGAUAUUGGUCAACACAUCUAUUCUUAUAGGCCGGAAAUGGAAAUUGUAUUUAUCCCAGAAGCCUCAGAUAAUGUAUGGUUGAGGUACCAUAUUGUGCCACACCAUUCUCUACUAAAGACGGAUAAUUUUCGAGUUAUAUUUAGAUGCAAGGUCUUUCCUUUAGAGACAAGGUUCUUUAAAAGUUGCGGAUUCCAUCUACAACAUAGAUAUGAAGAGGAAGCGAUAAUUGAUGAUAUUCAAAUUGCUGAGACACCAUGAUAAUGAUGAUGAUGAUGAUGAUGAUGGCAACUUGGAAUUCAAUUGGUACCCACAACAAAAGAGGCAUUCUUCUUCCUUUCGAGCUAUACCAUAUUUGUUGCAGAUCUGUUCACCUAUGAGUUCAAGUUGGUCUGUAUUAUGUUCAUUCUUCUUCUUGUUCGUGAUGAAGUCCCUAGCUUGGGUUAUCAUCCAAGUGUUUCUCCUAUUUAUACUCCUGUUUUGUAGUUAAUGUGUUGGAUUAAUUUAUCUUUUUUUCAAAGCCGAUUUUCAGGGUUU